AUGCAGAAGUCCAGACGAGAGUUGAAGACCGGUUGGUCUAUGAAGCAGGUGGAUGACAUUUCCAAUGAUUGUUGGCUUCCUGUGAAACAGGUUCCCAGCCAAGUCCACAUUGAUCUCAUUGACAACAAAAGAAUUCCCGAUCCGUUUGUGGAUGCUAAUGAACUCGCGGUACAAUGGAUCGCAGAGAAAGAUUGGGUUUACCGUACAAACUUCACGGCGCCGUCUCGCGAAGACUCCACAACGGAUUUGGUGUUCCUCGGCCUCGACACCUUUGCUACUGUGACUCUAAAUGGAAUCAUACUCUUACAGUCGGAGAACAUGCACACUUCAUAUCGGGUGGAAAUUUCCGAGUUCCUUCGACCGGGUCAAGAGAAUGAGCUCCAGAUUAUGUUCCAUUCCGCGCUCCUUCGUGGACGAGAGCUCGUCGAUCAACACCCAGAGCACACCUUUCACGUUCGCCAGACUGAAGCAAGUCGCAUCCCUGUACGUAAAGCACAGUACAACUGGGGCUGGGACUGGGGUCCUAUCUUGAUGACUGCGGGACCUUGGCGUCCUGUUGUACUUGAGCAGUACAUUGCCAGGGUCGAUGAUGUAUGGACCCAAUACAACUUAUCUGCAGACAACAAGACUUGCUCUGGAAACCUGUAUGCACGGGUUGGGACGGGUGCACAGGAGGGUGACAGUGUCGUUUUGUCGCUGCUUGCUGAUGAAAAGGUGGUUUUUCAGCAGAAAUGUGAUAUUGGGCCUGGUGGGUUGGUAAGGGCCGCAUUUCAGCUUGAUAAUCCUUCUCUGUGGUACCCACAUGGUUAUGGAUCGCAGCCCCGCUACCAACUGUCCGCGGAUCUCAUCCGUGGGGCUAUCAAACUAGACGAGCAAAUUAAACUUGUUGGGUUCCGACGGUGUGAACUAGUGCAAGAAAAAGACGAGUUUGGCAAGUCUUUCUACUUCCGGAUCAACGGUGUCGACAUAUUUUCCGGCGGGUCAUGCUGGAUCCCAGCCGACAGUUAUCUUGCCCAAGUCUCCAAAGAUCGUUAUCUAGACUGGAUGAAACUGAUGGUGGAGUCCAAUCAAAUAAUGAUUCGUGUGUGGGGCGGUGGAAUCUAUGAGGACGAUGCCUUCAUCGAAGCAUGCGAUUCAUUAGGCAUCUUGGUCUGGCAUGACUUUGCCUUCGUCUGCGCGAGUUACCCAGCUUAUUCCUCCUUUCUGAAAUCUAUUGAGGAAGAAGCACGACAAAACAUUAGGAGGCUGAGAUCCCACCCAUCUGUGGUAAUCUGGGCCGGAAACAACGAGGAUUAUCAGGUCCAGGAAAGAUAUAAGCUUGAAUAUGACCAAAAUGACACUGACCCGGAGUCUUGGCGCCAAUCGACGUUCCCGGCACGUUAUAUCUAUGAGCAUCUGCUGCCAAAAUGGGUACAAGAAGAGGACCCAUCAAUGAUCUACCACCCUGGAAGCCCCUGGGGCGAUGGCAAACACACAAGUGACCCAACUGUAGGCGAUAUUCACCAGUGGAACAUCUGGCACGGCCAAAUGAGCAGAUACCAAGAUUCCGCUGACCUCGUCGGACGUUUCGUGAGUGAGUUUGGGAUGGAAGCCUACCCUCAUGUUGAGUCCCUUCGCCGAGUCAUCACCGACCCGCGCCAACAACACCCUGGCUCAAUGAUGAUGGACUUCCGAAACAAAGCUGGCGAUCAUGAGCGCCGUUUGAUGACGUACGUUGCCGAGAACUUCAUAGUGCCGUCCGACCUCACAGCCUUCACACACAUCACCCAGGUCCUCCAAGCUGAAACCAUGCGCUACGCAUAUAAGGCCUGGAGGCGGAGCUGGGGACAACCAGGAGCUCGAAGGUGUGGAGGUGUCCUUGUGUGGCAGCUGAACGAUUGUUGGCCAACCAUGUCGUGGGCCAUCGUCGAUUACUACUUGGUCAAAAAGCCUGCGUUCUACGCCAUAUCUCGAGCUUUGAGGCCACUGGACGUUGGUGUAUCUCGUAACUGCCCGGUGUGGACUUCGGGUCAUGCCGAUCCUAUGUCAACCAACUCAUGCGAGUUCGACUUAUGGAUUGCGAGUAGCCGGCAGGAGGCAGUUGAAGUAGAGGUGAAGGUCAAGUUUGUUUCCAUACGGACGGGUAACCUGGUUAGUGAUAGUAUCAAUAUCACGACACUAGCAAACCCGAAUGCCACAACAGAGAUCCUCGGGAAUCACUGCGUGAGGAUGUCCACGAGUUGUGACAGUGCGGUCCAUGAGAACUUGGACCAAUUCAUCAUCCACGCAGAGUUGUAUGUUAAUGGACUGGUUAUGGCAACUGACACGGCUUGGCCGCAGCCCCUAAAAUAUCUGGACUUUUCAAACCGAAAUGUCAGGGUUGAAACCUCGCCAUUGCAGGACGAGCUCACUGUAUCGGCGGAUCUCCCUGUUAAAGGAUUUGUGUUCGAGGAGAGGGAAGGCUUGAGGCUGAGUGACAACGGAUUUGAUCUGGUACCUGGGAACAAGAAAAAGAUCACUGUGCGAGGCAAGGGCGCAAAAGCCCAAGACCUUUCCUGGACAUAUGUUGGUGCAAAUGCUCACGUUGGAUAA